AUGACUUUUGUAAGGAGCUGCUGUUGUAGUGUUAGAAUUUUCUCAAUAUCACGAGUGUCUGUGGACUGGAUGAUACGAAGGAUAUAUACUACAUUUAAUCAAAAAUAUUAUCCUGUUCAUAAUUGUACUCCAUGUCUUUUGAAACGCAAAAUUUUUCAAAUCAGAAAUCGUCCAGCUAACACUGUCUCGCCCCUGAUCUCAGAAAUACCAUCAAAACUAUAUUCUUACCAGCAGCAUGCAUCAACUCAUCACAGUAAUCAGGAUGUACAUAUGAAACAGUUUGAAAAUUCUUAUAAAUUAGUUGAAGAUGAAUUUUUAAUGCUUAAUAAUGAUAUAAAAAAGUUAAUUUAUACAAUCCAUCCAGACCUUCAGGAAAUUGCACACUACCAUUUGGAUGGCAGGGGCAAAUCUCUGCGACCCAUGACAGUCAUGCUCAUGGCAAAAUCAUGUAAUUUUCACCAUAUUGGUGAUUCAACUAUCCUUCAUUCACAAUAUGUGAUAGCCAUGAUCUCGGAAAUGAUUCAUAUAGCCAGCCUCAUGCAUGAUGAUGUUAUAGACCAAUCAGACAUACGGCGAGGAAAGCCAAGUGUGAAAGCUGUGUGGGGUGAGCGUAAGGCAGUAUUUGCUGGAAAUUUCAUACUUGGGAGUGCAUCAUCAGCUUUAGCCAAGCUCAAAAAUGAAUAUGUUAUAUCUGUUAUUUCAUGUGUUAUAGAAGACUUAGUAAAAGGGGAAUUUAUGCAAUUAGGUUCUAAAGAAGAUGAAACUGAACGUUUUAAUCACUAUUUAACAAAAUCUUUCAAAAAAACUGCUAGUCUAAUUGCUAAUAGCUGCAAAGCAGUGGCUAUUUUUGGAAACUGUUGCGAUGACAUUGUGAAUACUGCCUACCUUUAUGGCCGACACAUAGGCUUAGCUUUUCAGUUGGUGGAUGAUUUGCUGGACUUUGUGGCCUGCGAUAAAACUAUAGGAAAACCAACAGCAGCUGACUUAAGGCUUGGUCUAGCUACAGCACCAGUGUUAUUUGCUGCUCAGCAGUAUCCUGAAUUGCAUCCAUUGAUCAUGCGAAGAUUCAAACAUGAAGGUGAUGUGGAAAAAGCAAGGGAUUUAGUCGUAAAAAGUGAUGGUGUGGCACAUACUCGGUUACUAGCUGAACAACAUGCCAAGGAGGCAAUUUCCAUGGCCAAAAAAUUAAAGCAUAGUGCAUCACAGCAGGCUUUAAUAAAUUUAGUAGAAUUUGUUCUUCAUAGAAAAAAAUAAUGAAAACCUUUUCUAUUAUAUUAAAAUAUUGCAGAUUUCAAAUUUUGUGAUUUUUUUUUUUUUAAUUAAAUAUUAAAAAAAUUUUAUUUAGUUAUUGCAUUGGUCACUUAUUAAAUGAUAAUUUGAUCAGA